AUGCCACCUCGAGUAACUAAACGAAUUCCCCAGUCGUGCUAUGACUGUUAUAAGCGUCGAGUGAAGUGUAAUCGACAGAUUCCUUGUGAUGUUUGUAUCAGGAGAGGUAAGGCUCUGGAAUGUCAUCGAGAAACAGUAGUUGUUAACGGUCAAGUAUUUAAUAACGAACCCCAGGCAAAGUCCAAAAUUGAAAUGCUAGAGCUUGAAAACCAAUUCCUUAAGGAGAAGUUGAAACAAUUUGAAGAUAUUGAACCUGAAGUGACUGAGAAAUCCAUUGGAAACCAAUCUGGACUUUACGGUAUGACAGUUAACUUCUUUUCUAAAAAACCUAUGGCUGAAGAAGGUAAUGUAGAAUAUUCCUAUGAAGAAUUUAAGAUGUUACAAGAUUUCCUAACGUUCAAGAAUCUGUUGAGAUUAAUAGAAUUCAACUUCCAGAAGAUUAUCAUUUUCCAUUGUGUUUUGAUACCUGAAAUAUUCAAAGAAGAACAUGAAGAUUUCUUUAGAAAAGAUGGUAAGCAUUUGAGUGAUAAAAUUGAGAAGACUCGUGACGAGUAUUUAUGGUUAUCCAUAUAUUAUGCUACCAUAAGUAAUGUGUUGUUUCUUCUAGAUGAUGAAUUGUGUGAGGAAUUGAAGAUUGAUGAAGAAUUGAGUAAGAAACUCGGGAGUAUCAGUACUUUCGCAGCUAUAGAAUGUCUUCAUAGAGGUCAGUAUCUUAAAUAUCCAAACAUUAAAAGCUUACAGUGUUAUGCUAUUUUGUGUACUAAUUUCAAUGCCUCACUGGGGGUUCACAUUGAAAGUGCUCUUUUGAGAGUUAUGAGUUAUAUAGCUACUACUUUGAACCUUGAUAAGUUAACUAGACCCAAUGAAGGUGUCAGUUUACUUAAUUUUGAAUUGAAUUGUAGAAUUUGGUGGAUUUUAGUGGUAAUUUAUUGGUUUAAUGGUCCAGCUAUAGGUAAAAGUCCUGUAGGUAUUCAUGGUUUCACCACUCCAAGACCUCGAAAUAUAAGUGAUUUCAAUCUUUUGAAUUCCAUUGAACAAGAAAGUGAAAGUUUCCUUCCAAUUACUUAUAAUUUAUACAUUUUUGAAAUCUCAUACAUCAAGAGAAGUUACUUUCAAUCAAAGGUUGUUCCAUGGGAAGCAUUGGAAUUAGCAUUUCUGAAAAUACUUAAUCUAGAACAAGCUUUAAAAAUUCAUAAACAAUCUUCAAACAACGAAUAUGCUUAUUUUCUUUUGCAUCUUAAGUUCUUAUAUGAAAAGCUAGAGAUAUACAAACGAAUGAUCAGUUUUAAGAUCCAAAACCACUUACCCAUUGAAGAAGAGAGGAAACGAUGUACCGAGGUUUGUUUGGAACUAAUUGAUUGGUUCGAUCCAAAGUAUCCUGCUUCUUUCCGGAAAUAUUGGAUAACAGGAAAUCAUUGUGUAAAUGCAGCAAUGUUCCUAUUGAUAAAUAUGAUUCUUAACCAAGAGGAUAUUAAUCUCCACCAUUUGAAGAAGAUUGAAAUGUUGGUAGUACAAAUCCAACUAGUGUUCAAAAAUGUUAAGAAUCCUAUAUUCAAUGUCAUACCAAUCUUCAAAGAGUGUUUUGAAAUCAUCCUCAAGAAAUUGAAUAAUCAGAGUUAUAAUUUGGAAUUCCAUGAGGUAAAGAAGGUGCUCAACAUCUUAGAUGAAGUCCCUAAAGUUUAUAAUAGAGAUACGGAUUUAUAUAAUAUGGUUACCGUUGAUUAUUGGGAUGAUUUCAUGAAUUGGGUACAAUCACAAGAUAUUUAA